AUGGGCGGGGAUGAGUGCAUGGGCGGGGAUGGUUGCAUGGGCGGGGAUGAGUGCAUGGGCGGGGAUGAGUGCAUUGGCGGGGAUGAGUGCAUGGGCGGGGAUGAGUGCAUGGGCGGGGAUGGUUGCAUGGGCGGGGAUGGUUGCAUGGGCGGGGAUGGUUGCAUAGGCGGGGAUGAGUGCAUGGGCGGGGAUGAGUGCAUGGGCGGGGAUGGUUGCAUGGGCGGGGAUGAGUGCAUGGGCGGGGAUGAGUGCAUGGGCGGGGAUGGUUGCAUGGGCGGGGAUGGUUGCAUGGGCGGGGAUGAGUGCAUGGGCGGGGAUGAGUGCAUGGGCGGGGAUGAGUGCAUGGGCGGGGAUGAGUGCAUGGGCGGGGAUGAGUGCAUGGGCGGGGAUGAGUGCAUGGGCGGGGAUGAGUGCAUGGGCGGGGAUGGUUGCAUGGGCGGGGAUGAGUGCAUGGGCGGGGAUGGUUGCAUGGGCGGGGAUGGUUGCAUGGGCGGGGAUGAGUGCAUGGGCGGGGAUGAGUGCAUGGGCGGGGAUGAGUGCAUGGGCGGGGAUGAGUGCAUGGGCGGGGAUGAGUGCAUGGGCGGGGAUGGUUGCAUGGGCGGGGAUGAGUGCAUGGGCGGGGAUGAGUGCAUGGGCGGGGAUGGUUGCAUGGGCGGGGAUGAUGCAUGGGCGGGGAUGAGUGCAUGGGCGGGGAUGGUUGCAUGGGCGGGGAUGGUUGCAUGGGCGGAUGAGUGCAUGGGCGGGGAUGAGUGCAUGGGCGGGGAUGGUUGCAUGGGCGGGGAUGGUUGCAUGGGCGGGGAUGGUUGCAUGGGCGGGGAUGGUUGCAUGGGCGGGGAUGGUUGCAUGGGCGGGGAUGAGUGCAUGGGCGGGGAUGGUUGCAUGGGCGGGGAUGAGUGCAUGGGCGGGGAUGGUUGCAUGGGCGGGGAUGGUUGCAUGGGCGGGGAUGAGUGCAUGGGCGGGGAUGGUUGCAUGGGCGGGGAUGAGUGCAUGGGCGGGGAUGGUUGCAUGGGCGGGGAUGAGUGCAUGGGCGGGGAUGGUUGCAUGGGCGGGGAUGGUUGCAUGGGCGGGGAUGAGUGCAUGGGCGGGGAUGGUUGCAUGGGCGGGGAUGAGUGCAUGGGCGGGGAUGGUUGCAUGGGCGGGGAUGGUUGCAUGGGCGGAUGA